UUAUUUUUCGUUUUCCAACACCGUUUUAUAGAAGAGCUUGCAAAAGUGUUUUAACUUUCAGCGCGUAGUUUUAUUAUUUCCAAAAAUGAACCUAACCAGGAUCAAGUUUGAGAUGGACGACAUGGCCACCGAAACGUGGACUCAUGCUGAGCAGUGGCAGCAACUCAUCCAACGUGGCAGGGUGGCAUUUAAGCAAAUUGGCACCAUUUACACCCGAAUCUUUGCCGCAGAAAAUAAGCUGGAUGACUUGGACCGACCAAGCGAUCUGCGCACCAUGCAAAGACGCAUCCGGCUGAUGUACGCACGGUUGGAGAUUCCUUUCCAUAUAAUGCGGAACAUCUUAAAAUCGCUGGCGGAGAUCAGGGACAACACUGUCCGCAUGUAUAGUCGCAUCAGCCUGUGGAUGCUCGAUGAGAACCUGGUAAAGCACAAGAUCAGGCCAACUCUCAAGGCCACCUUGUUGAUGGAAACCCUGGAGUUUCUCCGCAAGCGUUAUGACGCCGAGUGGGAGGUCAAGGAAAUGGUUGUCAUCAAUUUGGAGCAGAUCGAGAAUCCCAACGAUCUGGAGAUAUUGGUGGAGGCUUGGAGUGACUGCCGCCAUACUGGCGGUACGCCUUUUCUAAGAAAGAUGGGCACGUUCUAUGAUGCAGUUGGGCGUCGUCGCGCCUUGGUUCUUUUCACGGAAAGAGGAAUUCAUACUCUAUAUGGAAGGGGCUCUGAUGAUUAAAACGUUUAAAAGAAACUCCACAUAGGCCCAGGAAUGCUGGAUUAAAUUUUAGAAUCUUAUGUUUUUUUAUAUAAGCCUAGAAAAGCUUAUUUUUUGUUUAUGUUGAAGUUUAAAACAUACUUCCAUAUGAAUUUCAUACAAGUAAGCCUUAGAAUCGCUUUCAUUUUUCAGUUUGUUAGUUUAUCCUUUUUCCUAAAUAUUAAAAAAUUAACAUUUGUUCCAUUGAAGUAAAAAAAAACACUUUGUUAUUUGAGUUUGAUGUUAGUUUUAUUUGAAAUUCUUUUCUUUUUAGUUUGUAUUUGUUAUCGCGUGCUUGCCAAAAACAAAUCUAUAUCUGUAAAGAAAUUACAAAAAUUGCAAUUUGUUUCUCAUUUAAAAUUUGACCCAUUUUUGACCUUUGCUAUUUUGCUCAUCGAUUUUGCUCAUGUUUGUUUUGGUUUUUGUUUCUGACUCUUGGUAGCAAAACAAAACUUAAUUGUAAUUUCACUACAACAACAUUUUGUUUUUGCCCUUUAUAUAAUAUUUAAUUGUAUAUAUAUAUAUAAUAUGCAAUUCUGUAGCUAGAUUUUGACCAUCGUGUUCGUCCCCCAAUCCCAAAUCGUGUGUACAUAUAUCAUAUAGUGUAUGGUGUCUAUAACAUGCGCUCAUUUGUUUUAAAAACAAAUGUUUCUCCUCUCUCCGCCGUUUGCCUUAUUAUUUUUCUCUCAGUGGAGCUCUAUAUCUCAAUUGCCAAAAUGUUUUGUCAAAUCUUAUAAUUUCUGAAAUUUUUUACCUAAACCAUAUGUACAUGUUCGCUAAAUUGAAAUCUUUUGAAGUUUGGCCACAGCGGUAUGCCUUUUUUAUUUUGUUUUUUUUUUUUGAGCCAUUUUCGAACAAAAAACCCUACUCUCGAGUCCUGUUUUCGGAUCCAAAGAUAUUUUUUUAACUUAAUAAUUGCAUACUUUUUAGGCUAGGCUAGUAAUGGUUUCCUCCUCAACGCUUAAUGCACUUUUUUGUUUGUAUUCUCGGUUUUUUUUUUUAUUUAAUAAUUAUUAUUUUUAAUUAGUUUUCAAGCUUAACUAACUUUACAAUGAACGUGUAUAACUUUUAGUUGCUCGGCUCUCCUAACUCGAAUUCCAUUUAAUUGUGGAUAUCCCUUAGUUUAGGCUAAACUUUAUUUAGAAAAUUUUCAACUCGUAAAUCGAGUUUGCUUAUUAAAAAACUGUUCCCUCCAUUUUGGUUUUUAAUCCAUAUAUAUGUUUCUUUAUUUUUUUUCAAUUUUCUUUUUGGUAUUUUUUUUGUUGUUUGUUUUUUCUUUUUUAGUUUUUGUUUUUAAAUGUUUUUCUAUCAAUGCUUUUGUUGUCAAUUGUUGCGGUAAAUGUUUCGAGUUGAAAAUUUCAAUUAAACAUUUCUUGAUUUCUGAACUUUUUCUCUUGUGCUUUAUACACUUAAUUAUUGCUAUAAUUAUUUGCUUUUAUUGGCGCCCCGAACUAUCUCGGAAAAUGAAUGAGAGAGUGAGUUGAGUUUGUGUGUGGGUGUGGCAACUGAAACCUUAGCUAGGAAAAACUCUGCAAGCCCAUAAUAGUAAUAAUAAUAAUAAUCAUAAUAAUAAUAUCGAAUAUCAAUCGAAUAGAUAAUGAUUGUAAGCGGUUCCGUAUAUACAGCAGUGUGCACUUGCGUGAUGAAUAUAUAGAGCGAUAGAGAUAUGGAUGAUCUACGUGGCGUGGGAUCGUGGAUAUAUAUCUUCUGAGCGUAUAGGAUGGUACGAAAAAAAAAAAAAAACGAAAACCAGAAAAGGUUUGCAAAUAAGGUCGGUUUAUUAUACAAAAAAAUAAAAUACUAAAAUGAAAUCGAAACUACUUAAAAGAUAUGCAUUUGUAUGUUUGUGUGUGUGUGGGAGGGAGGGAGGGGGUGGUGUGGUAAGUGUGUGUGUGUGUUUGAAUAAUUACUAGAAAACGUCUUUGUAAUCGUAGUUUUUAGUUUCUUGUAUUUGUGGUUGUUUACACAAUUUAUGCUAAUUAAAAUACACAGGUAAAAAUAAUUUCAUUGUUUAAUAAUUGUUUUUCAUGUUUUUUUUUUUUUUUCUUGUUGUUUACUUAACUCUGCUUUUGUUUUAAACUUAAGCCUAUCGAAAAUCGUUUUAACGUGCAAAAAAUCAAUUGUUUGUUGUUGUGUGUUGGUUGGUUGGUUGAUUGGUUGGUUGGUUGGUUUGUUUGUUGGUGAGUGUA